GCCCACCACCCGUGUCGCAGACAUCAGGCGCGCCGCUGCGUCCGCCACCAGAGACAGCAGCCCGGCCCAAGCAAGGCCCCAUUCCUCCACGGAGCCCCGUUCGUAGCGCCCGUGGUGGACGCCCCAGGCGCCGCUGGCGGGCCCAUCCCCCCCAGGCCCUAUCGGGUGCCAGAUGGCCGCCUGCGGGGUCCCGUCUCGCCCGGAGUCGAGGCGGCGGCGGCGACGGCUGGAGAUGGACGACCGUGGGGGGGGGAUGGCGACGCCGCCAGUAAAACGUUCAUCCAAGGUCAUCCACCCAUCUGCUGCUCGGCUGGUGGUCUCGGCAGAGCUUCAUCCGCCCAGGGUAUAAGACGGACGUGGCCGGGCCCUGAGCGUAUCACUCAGUACGAUCAACAUCAUCACUACCAUCACCACCACCACCCCCAUCAUCAUCAUCAUAAUCGUCACCGUCACGGCGAGGCACCUUGACCCCAACCCGACCCCAUCUCCUCCUCCAACUCCUGCCCUGACUGCAGUCCAAGACAUCGCCUCCCCCACCACUCAGGCUUGCCCUCCUCACCACUCACUCUCCUGGCCGACUGGGCAUCGCAUCGCACAAUGGCGCCCGCCGCAGUCUCCGUCGACGGCCAGCCGGCCGCGGCAAAGAAGAGCAGCCGCUUCGACCCCAUGUUCACGCAGCACGUCAUCGACACCAUGGGCCCCAACAUCACGCCGCGGAACCGCCAGCUGCUCACGAGCCUUCUGCGCCACCUGCACGACUUUGCGCGCGACGUCGAGCUGACCAACGACGAGUGGAUGACGGGCGUGCACUUUAUCAACGCCGUGGGCCAGUGUUCGACCAAGACGCGCAACGAGGCGCACCGCGUGUCCGACAUUCUCGGCCUCGAGUCGCUCGUCGAUGAAAUCGCCAACAAAAUCGUCGCCGAGGGAGACGUCGACCCUACGUCGUCGUCCAUCCUCGGCCCCUUUUGGUCGCCCAACGCGCCGUUCCGGGAAAACGGCGGCUCCAUCAUCCAGGACCCGGCGCCAGGCGGCCGCGUGUGCAAGAUGCACGGCACCAUCACGGACCUGCUGACGGGCAAGCCCAUCCCGGGGGCCGUCUUCGACAUCUGGCAGGCCAGCUCCAACGGCAAGUACGACUUCCAGGACCCGGAGGCGCAGACGCCCAACAACCUGCGCGGCAAGUUCCGCGCCGACGACGACGGCCGGUACUGGUUCUACUGCUACCACCCGACGGCCUACUCGCUGCCGACCGACGGGCCGAGCUACGACCUGCUCACGCUCAUGGACCGACAUCCCAUGCGCCCGGCGCACAUUCACAUCAUGGUCACGCACCCCGACUUCAAGGGCUGCACGACGCAGCUCUAUCCCAAGGACGACCCGUGGCUGGCCACGGACACUGUCUUCGCCGUCAAGGACGACCUUGUCGUCGACUUCAAGCCGCUCGAGGGCGACACGCAGGCCGAGCUUGAUCUCGAGUAUAACGUAAUUUUAUCGCCCAAGGGAUACAAGGGCAAGCAGUUUGGGCCGUAGCAGGCGGGCGUCGCCCGAGGGCACGGGCUGUGGGCAGGGCAUGGCAUGGCAUGGCAUGGCAUGACCGGGUGAGGCGUUUUAGAAGCACGCAAUACGUAUUUCGUAAUCAUGCGAUGAGAGAUGAAGGUGACGAUGCCAUCGACUGCCCAUGUGCUGUCGAAAGAAACAGGCCGGCGCGCGUUUCGAAGUGGGCGUUUCCAAGUCGCACGCGGCGUGAGGAGCAACCGCCGCGAGGGGCGGUCCGGGGCGCGAGCCCACGCCCAACAUCAGGCGGCGCGCCCCUCAUCCAUGCACAGUG